AAAAUAUCAAGACAAGACAGACAGGUAAAACUACCCACUCAUUAAGCAGCAAAGCAAGCAAAAAUUUCCUUGCCUCUUCUUCUACUGUUCCUUCCACAGAUUUGGCAUCCUCUUCACGCUUAGGGUUUUCAAUCUCUCUUUCGGCCUUGCCUCUUAAAGAAAGGUUUGCAAGGGAAUGGGUUUUUACUUGUGAUUCGAAUUGCACAUGGAUUUGUAGCCUGGAUAAGCGAUUCAAUGCUCAAUUGACUGAGCAUUGCAUGUACACUUGGGGUUUUUAAUUGUUAUCUGUAAUUACUGCCAACUGUGAAGCUGAUAUGGAUGAUGGGGGGCAUCGUGAAAAUGGCAGGCAUAAAGCGGAUCAAUACAAAACAGCUCAGGGCCAGUGGCUGAUGCAACCACAGCCAUCCAUGAAACAGAUCAUGGCCAUCAUGGCUGAAAGAGAUGCUGCCAUUCAUGAGAGAAAUUUGGCCCUUUCAGAAAAGAAGGCGGCUAUUGCUGAAAGAGACAUGGCAUUCCUGCAGCGAGAUUCGGCAAUCGCUGAACGAAAUAAUGCCUUGCUGGAGCGAGACAAUGCUAUCACUACUCUGCAAUACCGGGAGAACUCCUUGCCAAGUGGUAACAUAACCACCUGUCCACCUGGAUUCCAUAACUCGCGUGGGGUGAAGCACAUGCACCACCAACAGCAGCAGCAUACACAUCAUCUGCCCCACAUGAAUGAAGGUCCAUAUGGUACUAGGGAAAUGCAGACAAGUGAUGCUUUGCCAGUAUCACCAGUUGCAUCUGAGGUUGCAAAGCCACAGCGGGGUAAACGACCAAAGGAUGCUAAGGCAACACCAUCUAAUAAAAAGACUUCAAAAUCUCCAAGGAAGGUUAAGAGGGAGAGUGAGGACACGGACAUGUUUGGGAAGUCACAUGAGUGGAAAAAUGGGCAGGAUAUGGACGGUGGAGGUGAUGAUCCAAACAAACAGCUGGCAGCAUCUAAGUCUGACUGGAAGGGUCAAGACCUGGGGUUGAACCAGGUUGCAUUCGAUGAAACAACCAUGCCAGCACCCGUGUGCUCAUGCACUGGAGUCUUCAGGCAGUGCUACAAAUGGGGAAAUGGUGGAUGGCAGUCUUCGUGCUGCACAACCACCUUGUCAAUGUAUCCUCUACCUGCUGUGCCCAACAAGCGCCAUGCUCGUGUUGGUGGGCGGAAAAUGAGUGGGAGUGCUUUUAGCAAACUGCUUAGCCGACUUGCAGCUGAAGGCCAAGAUCUGUCAAAUCCAGUUGAUCUCAAGGACCAUUGGGCCAAGCAUGGAACUAAUCGCUACAUAACAAUUAAAUAGAUGAAGCAAUCUGCAAAUCGAUGGAUAAAACAUGGGAACGGCAAGUAGUCUUCAGUUAGCUGUAUGUAUCCGCAAUUUUUCUUAUCUGCUGUGGGAUAAUAAUGAUUAGAUAACAGCCAUAAUGCAGGCUAUCAUGUAAGUGUCACCGACCACAUUUCUUUCUCCUUCACAUUGUCUUAAUGUCAUUGCUGACGUAAAGUGGGGGUGUACUUGUAGUAAUUAUCCUCUACCUCUAGUUAAAUGUAAAGGGUCCUUCCUUUAAGCUGGUCCUUUAAGCUGGUGUUAAGCUCCUAUGAAUAGAAGUUCCAUGUUAUAACAGAA